AUGAUCUUCUCGGCCUGGGGAGCCAUCUUCGCUGGCUUCUACAUCUGCAUCAGUGCGCUUAGAAGACGAAGGCUCCCCAAAGAGGCCUUUGUGUACUCCCACGACACUGCCCCGGAAGCUGGGAAACGGGAGGGGGAGGACAAGGACGGUGGAGCAGCGGGUCAGGUGUCAGAUGGCCCUCAAAGUCUAUCUACGAUCACAGAACCCAGUUACCUGAGUCUAUUUCCGCCCUCCUCCUCCACCAUCAGCACGGACUCUUAUCCCAUUCUUAUGAGACAGGCUCCGACCUCGCCUACUGCUGGUGCUGGCGGUGGUGAUGAUGAUGAUGGUGGCUACGGAAGAUUGCUCUUGACGCAAUUGAACCACCUUUUCAGCACGGGGCCGUACUCGUUGCUGGAGACUGGUUGCCAGUCACCUGUGUCGGACCAACCAGAAGGCGAUGCCACUGCCGUCGCUGCUGCUACUGCGACUGAAGACGAGCUUGGUCGCGACACAGACGGGAAUGAAGAAGACGUCACCGGGAGAAGUCGUGCUGACGGGCCAGAUACUCCGGCUUUCGAGGCUGCGUAUGGCACACUAGUGGCCAUAGGUAACCAUCUUCUAGUUUUUUUGGCAGGACUGUCUUUGUAG